ACAAUAGGCCUUACAUAACAAUGAUAUACAAUGGGUACAGAAAGUUUUAUCGACAUAUGAGUUUCACUUCCCUACAUUAGGUUAUAUCUCAGUGAUCAUUGGCACUUUGGAUUGUAGUGACGUCCGUCGAAUUUUCAAAAAGAUGAAGAUUUUAAUAAUUCUAACGAUUGCGGCCGUGGCCUCAGCGGAUAAGCGGUGUCACGGCAUAGAUGUUGCCAAUAGAUAUUACAAUUUGUACAUUAUCAAAGACGGAAUAAAUAAUAUACAUGAUUUGGUUCUAAAUCGUAACGACAAUACGGCAUUUUUUACAUUCGAUGACCUAUCUAAAACACCAAGAAGACUAUUGGGUCAUUUAAAUACAGAAACAGGUACAGCGACUGUUAUUCAAGGACUACAAAACGCAACAGCCAUUGCAAUUGAUAAUUUCAACGGUAAAAUAUACGUAGGUGGAUCAGACGGUCUCUAUAAGAUAAACGAAAAGAAUAAAGCUGAGAAACUGCCCAUACAAGACGAUAUUAAAUCGAUGCAUUUCAAAGACAAUUUAUACUUUAUCAACCGUAGAAGAGAAGCUUACAAAUUUGAAGAUGGCUUCGCAACACUGGUGCCUGAGCUACGUGGUGUGGAAGUCGAUAGCUUAGUUUUUGAUGACGACAAUAAUAUAUUCUUCACUCAGAAUAGCAAAUUGUUCAGAAUAAAACUAGACACCCGAGCUAUAAACACACACGAAAGUUAUUUAGCAAAUGCCAUAGCAACUGAUUCGUAUUCCAAAGUUUAUAUUUGUACGAGCAACGGUUUGUUCGUGUAUAAUAAAUAUAAAUAUGUUUUCGAUAAAAUUGCUAAUUUGAAUAAUCUUAAAGCGAUUACAUUUAACAAAAAGAAUGAGCCGGUAUACGCUGCAGCUGAUUACAUCGUUAAGCUCAGUUUAAGUGAGAUUGGUUGUUUUGAGGAUUAACUAAUAAAUAUUAUACUUAACACAGAUCUGGUAAUCCUUAAUAGUUAUUAAACUGGUAAUCCUGUUCUAUUCAUUGUGAUUUUUUAUUGAAAUCACUUCUGUCUCUCAUUGUGAAUUUUUAUUGAAUUAUUAAAGAGAUAGUCAGACGAAUAAGACUCCAAAGAGAGAGUAUUAACCAAUGAGUGAGACUUUAUCAAAGACACUCUGUUAUUAACCAGGAGCAGUCAACGAACAGAACGAAGAUGAUAACAUACUAAUAUACUACUUCACGUUGAUUCUGUUGAUGGCUUGCAAGAAACAGUCGCAUGUGUCUGUAACGCUUAACAAAUCUCUUGAACAAAAAGCAACAGAUUAUUGCUGUGUUCAGCAAACAAGUAAAUUAAAAUGUAUGUGUGAUCUAGAAAAUACAUAACUUUAUUUAAGCA